GCCAGGUUCCUCCAUCCAGAAUUUGAGCGGCGACCUUCUCAGAUUGUCUUGCAGGCCAACAUGAAGGUGGAAAUCCUUCCAGCUCUCACAGACAACUACAUGUACCUCCUCGUGGAUGAGGAGACCAAGGAAGCAGCCAUUGUUGACCCUGUGCAGCCCCAAAAGGUUCUGGAUGCAGUCAGGAAGCAUGGAGUGAAACUGACCACCGUGCUCACUACGCAUCACCACUGGGACCACGCUGGUGGCAAUGAGAAACUUGUAAAGAUGGAGCCGGGGUUACGAGUGUGCGGGGGAGAUAGCAGGGUUGGAGCCCUCACCCAGAAAGUCUCUCAUCUUACGACAUUUCAGGUGGGCUCCCUCAAUGUGAAAUGCCUCUCAACUCCCUGCCACACCUCUGGGCACAUCUGCUAUUUUGUGACAAAGCCGAACAGCUCAGAGCCGCCUGCGGUGUUCACAGGUGACACCUUGUUUGUGGCUGGGUGUGGAAAGUUCUUUGAAGGAACCCCAGAAGAAAUGUACAGAGCUUUGAUUGAGGUCUUGGGGCGCCUCCCUCCUGAAACGAAAGUCUAUUGUGGCCACGAAUAUACCAUCAAUAACUUAAAGUUUGCCCGGCACGUGGAACCAAAUAAUGCUGCCAUCCAACGAAAGCUGUCAUGGGCGAAGGCCAAAUACGAUGGAGGUGAGGCAACCAUCCCAUCCACCAUUGGUGAAGAAUUCACAUACAACCCCUUCAUGAGAGUGAGAGAAACAACUGUGCAGCGCCAUGCCCAGGAAACGGACCCCGUUCGGACCAUGGGAGCCAUACGCAAAGAGAAAGACAACUUUAAAGUGCCGAAAGAGUAAAUGAAUCAGAUCCCCUGCUGCUUUUCUUUUUCUGUUAUUUAGUUCAGGAAAUUGGUGUUUUAUUGUCCUGUUUUAUUGAGUUCAUUCACAUUAUGGAAUUCAGUAGCGGGGGGAAAAAAAGUCACCAAAGCACUUUGCUCUUUAAAAAAAAAAAAAUAUUAUCGUGCCCUUGGGACUCAGCUGAUUAUUAUUUAUAUUAUUAUUUUUAGCGUGAUGCACAGAAGUUGUAUGGAUGUAUCUGCAGGGGAGAGGAGGGUCUGUGGGUCUUGUCAUCGGGGUCCGGUGCCAACGGACCUUGUUCCGGUGACCUAGGCUUUCUGGGAAGGUGACUUUGAACCUUCUGCCUCUUGAGUUGAAAUGCACAUUUGAAAAACUCUUGUGAUUUUCCUGAACUUCAGAAUGAACUUUUCUAACUUGGCAAAGGAGCAUUUUGUGCUAUUCUAAAUGCUCCUUUCAUCUAGACAUUUGAAGUAAUCUGCAUGCGCUGUUCGCAUGUAGUUCCCCUGAGCACACCUGCCUGUCUCUCAAGGAACUAGCAGCAGGCUGGGAAAUGCACAGAGGAGAGGUGAUGCUGUCAGGAACAAGAUAAUUGAGGCAUUUGUAUAUCUUUAAAUAGGAAAAUGGUGAUUGUUUUAACAGCACAGCACUUUAAAAAGGAAAAAUAACCUUAAAAUCUAUUUUAACUAUCGUGGCUUCAACAAGAAGUGACUAGCAACUUCAUUAAAUCUUUUCAGCACUCUGGAAAAACUCUGAAUUUUCAGAGAUCCUUGUCUGCUGGGGAAGCAGUGACAAAUGGAAAAAUUGUGUGUUCUUUCUUUCUUUUGCUUUAUUUAAGCUGCCAAGGCACUUUGCACUUGCGAAGCCUUCAAUGUAGACAACCUCCUUAUAAGCUUGAAUUGUCAUUCCCUGUUGAUUCAGCUAAUGUACAUGUAAAUAAAUAUAUCUAAUAAAUAUUACUUUAAGAGAUUAAGAUGUUUGUAAACCAUCAUGACCUCAUCUGUCUUGGAAACCCUAAGAAGGA